AAGUUGUGAUGUUAGUUGUGCAGAAACUGCCUCCUCCAGCUUUAAAAGUUUGUGUUUGUCUUUAGGAUAUCUGUGGGGUCCAGAUGGCUUGUUCAUGUCCACUGAGUUGAAGAGCUGGUCUGACAGCAGACAGUACUGCAGGGAGCGUGGAGCUGAUCUGGUCAUUAUCAACACUGAAGAGAAGCAGAGGCACAUGUCUUCAUACAUCAAGGAGAGAGUGUGGAUUGGUUUGUCUGACAGAGAGAACGAGGGCAUCAUGAAAUGGGUGGAUAAUUCACCACUAAAUAGAGGGUUUUGGACCAGAGGUCAGCCGGAUAACAAUCAAGGUGAAAAUGAGGACUGUAUUGAACUGAUGCCUUCAGAUCUCAUCCUGAACAACUGGAAUGAUCUACCAUGCUCACAGAAGAAAAAAGGGAUUUGCGAGAAAUAGGGUUCAUCCUUCUCUUGCUUUCACAUGCUUUUAAAGUGUUUACUGCUUUCAUGUGAAAGGGUAAUGCUGCUCACUUAACCUUUGCUGUGUAAAUGUCUUGCUUCAUUAUAGCACCUCUAUGUUAGUAUGACCGUAUUCUACUGUUAUCAUGUUUCUCAUUUGUCAGUCUGAAGUGUUGAGGUGACAAUCAGAAGUGCCCCAGACUGCAACAAUACACACUUUUACUCUUAAUAUUGAGUGUCUGUGAAGCUUUCUGUUUUAAUAAAAUGGUCAAUUGACAGUAUAAUCACAGGA